UAGAGGGGGGCAAAGGUUUUGACCGGCCCGAAUGGGUAAAAAAAAACCGCCACGGUCCGUGCAUAAAAAACUUCAAAACCGUUGCCGUCAACCACCCGACACUACCAAAUUCAAUCAAAAUUAUCAAAAACACUAGCCMACUCACCAUUGAGCUCAGUCAAACAGUUCAACAGUCAACCAUCUGCCGUCAAAUCCACAGGGUAGAUACUAUGMAAAUGUUACAGAAGUUAAUACCAACUCUAGUCUUGGUAAUGUCAUAUUCCGAGAAAGCAUCAUCAUCCAUGUCCAAGAGAGUGGCCGAUGUCCGGUUUCGGAACAAAUCGUCCCAGCUCAGAARAUCUGACGCCGGACGCCGGGCUAACGUGUGGAAGAAAAUUUUGGACGACGUUUGUGAUCAGUGUUCGCUGCAUGGUCUCAACCACAUCGUCGGRAAGGACCGAAGCACCGGAGAAAAAGCGUUCUGGUCGGUAACUGUAAUAUGCGCUGUGCUGUUUGCCACUCAUGCGAUCGUCGAAUCGUGGAAGUCGUACAAUAAGAACGCGAUUGAUACGGUGGUCGAGACGACUUUCUUUAGCUACGCCGACAUAGCGUUUCCGAUGGUGGUSGUAUGUGACAGUUCAAGAGUGGACUGGCAACGGGUCACGCGGUUAACUCCAAGAGACGUGCCGGAUAUCGAUCCAAGUUUAUUGCCCACCGUGAGGAAAUUAUUGAAAACGUUCUCCGUGUUAUCGUAUGGCGAGUUUGACAAGUUCGACGAGCUGAAGAACGUAACGGAACUAUCGAAACUCGUCAAGCUAAACCUCACCGAGCUUCUUGUAAAGGUGAUGAGGCCGUGCGACGAAGUGUUUUCCCACGGUGGUUGCUGGUGGAACUUCAAACAGGUAAACUGCUGUGACGUAUUCGAGUUGCAAAGAACCGAAUUUGGUCUGUGCCAUUCGUUCAAUUCCGAUUUUUCCGAGUACAGUAGAGCGAGACUCGUUGCGAACUCCGGUCUUAUUGGUUCGUUUUGGCGAACAGAGUCUGGAGACCUCCGACCAAGGAGAACGGGUGACAAUGGUCARAGUUCUGGAGUCAGCAUGUAUGUAUCUACGAUGAACCCGGAACAAGUCGCUCCUGGAAUAGACGCCAAACCAACCACAAGUAUAAUGAUCGGCGAACCCAGAGGUGCUCCGCUUGGACCAGAUAUGGUCGUGUCAGGAGGAAGUAUUGGCAAUGUUCACGUGUGGGGAGAUAGGAUAUACAACACAGAAAGRACCAGGAGAUUGAAUCCAAAAGAGCGAAGGUGUCUUUUCGCCGAUGAAAGUUCCACCGGAAUGGGCACGAAAUACUACUUGCGGAGAAAUUGCAAGGCAGCUUGUUACAUGAAUCACGUGGUAGAACACUGUGGCUGUUAUUUGGAGUUCAUGUUCGGCCUCAUGCAUCAAAACGAUUCGUUGCGGCCGUGCAACGUUGAAGAUUUGUUGUGCCUGUCCGAGAAAAAUAAGUUUUUCAAAAUUCUUAUACCGUCCGAACAUAACGCGUUCUUGACAAACGAUAUGCCUGGAAUGAAAUGCAAUUGCAUGCCUGAUUGUGUCCACCAAAUGUACAUUUCCGAACUGACCAUCGCCGAACCAUCCAUCUCCACGGUGCUGAAUUCCUCAUCGUCUAUACUUAUUGACGCACACUUCAUACAGAGUACGUGCAUACUUUACAGAUCGGACUUGGUCCUCGGAUGGCUUGACUUGUUGGUGUCGUUUGGAAGUUGCGCUGGUCUAUUUUUGGGUGGAUCAUUGUUGAGCUUCAUUGAACUCAUAUAUUUUUUAACGUGGAAAGCUUACCACCACUGGCGCCAGACACCGUCCACCACAGUUGUUACAUUUAAAUCGAACAAGAAACGCAAACAUCCAYGUCGAACACUCAUAGACACAUGCACGAUCGACAAUACUUUGACGAAUAACAAGAGACAAGAUAAUCGUUUUUCAUGUCAUAUGUAGAUUUUAAGACCUUAAGAAUUAAGAUUUUGAUUAUUACAAUGAAAUUAUAUAAGACAACAUAACACUUUAUCAAAUCGGUGGAGGAUAUAUUAUUAUGUGUUCACUGUACACAAACGCAAGUCAUGACUAGGAAAUCGUAUCACAUUAAAUGCAUUAAGUCAUG